UCCUGCUAGUCGCCUCAGUCUGGGUACCAACCCCCUAUUACUCUGCAGGCGUUUGAAGGAAGAAGGAAACUAGCUUGGACCGUGAAGACUCUAUUCACCUAUCACUGAGGAGGGGACACUGACAAAAGAAGACCGAGAAGAAGAAGGAAUUUGUCUGACUUUGGUAGAGAUUCAUCACAAGAGCUAUAGGAGCCGAGGUCAGGCUGAAGAUUACUACCCUGCACUAUCUGCACCGUGGCCCUAAAAGUCCUCUUCUAUCAGGGGGACCAAAGCCCUCCGGAUCCUGCCCCAAGACUGGCACAGACUGAAACAUGGGCCGGGCCCGGGAAAUGGGUUGGAUGGCAGCAGGACUAAUGAUUGGAGCUGGUGCCUGCUACUGUGUUUACAAACUAACCAUAGGAAGAGACGACAGUGACAAAUUGGAGGAGGAGGACGAAGAAGAAUGGGAUGAUGACCAGGAGCUGGAUGAAGAGGAGCCCGAAAUUUGGUUUGAUUUCACAACAAUGGCUCGCCCUUGGAGUGAGGAUGAGGAUUGGACUGAACCUGGGGCCCCAGGUGGCACAGAGGACAGGCACUCAGGGGGUGGCAAGGCCAACAGAGCACACCCAAUAAAACAACGGCCAUUCCCAUAUGAACAUAAAAAUACGUGGAGUGCACAAACCUUUAAAAAUGUCAGUUGUAUUCUUGACCUCUCCAAGUGUCCUUCUAUUCAGGGAAAAAAGUUGUUUGCUGAGCCCAAGGAUGCUGUUUUUUCACUUAGCCACAAUAUCAGGAGUCAUUUGGCCAACCUUUCCAUCUGUGGAAACACACUCCCCACCCCCCACCCCACUGUGAGGGAGGAAGCUUUGUGUGCCCCAGGUAACUUGAAUGCCAGUACUGAAAAUCAGGGCCAGAUUAAGAUGUUCAUCAAUGAAGUGUGUCAGGAGACUGUGCCACGUAGCUGCAACUCAUUUCUGCAGCAGGCCGGAUUAAAUUUGUUAAUAAGCAUGACAGUUAUUAAUAACAUGCUUGCCAAGUCCGUUUCAGACUUGAAGUUUCCUUUGAUACCCGAAAGAAGUGGCUGUGCUAAGGUUCAGGUUUUAGAACCGCUGAUGGGUUUGUCUGAAAAGCCACUCUUGGCAGGGGAGUUGCUGGGUGUCCAGAUGCUGUUCUCAUUCAUGUCCCUCUUUAUCAGAAGUGCAAACAGAGAGGUUCUCCUGGAAACCCUCACCCCUUAAAUAGCCUUCUGGGACAGAAUGGGACUGACUCCACACAAACCCUGCUAGGUUUGCAGAUGCCAAAGAAUCUGCAGUGGGUGCUACUGAGGAUCCAGCCUUAGGCAGUCACCCCAUCGCCGGGGGUCACUGGGGCUGGGUGCACGUUCCAGAAGCUAGACUGAAGACCACACUCUUUUUGGCCAGGCAGGGCUCCCCCGCAGAGCUUUGGGUAAUUCCCUGAUUUUGCAGUCUGCAGGCAUUGUGCAUUGUAAAUUACUCCCUUGCAGCCCUCUUGAUGCAGUAAAGGGAUCACUGUGGCUCGCCUGCUGCAGAUAAGGGACAUCAAACUAGAGUACCACCAGUGCUCACUUGCCUGUGAUGGUCUCCCUGCUGGAGAGGGACCGCUUUGCAGAGGCCAGGCCCAUCUGGGAGCUCAUGCUGAAAAUGCAUCUGCCGCUGCCUACGUUGAAGUAUUUUCCUUUUCUCUUUCUUCCACACCAGCCCACAGAUGGCAAACCUGUUCAUCCACAAAGUGCACUCCCCUUGUAUCCAUUGUACUGACUUAACUUCCUCCGCCC